CGUUACCGGUGGCCGGAGAGAGGCGUUCAGUUGCCUUUGUUUUUCUCGUGCAGGCGGAUGUUGAAGUUCGAUGAGCGGAGGUUCAUUAUGCCGUGGCCAAACCUGCUAAUGUCUCGGAAUGCGUGAGGAUGUAAACAGUGCUGGUGACCGCCUAAUGCAUUAGUUCCCUCAAAGAUCAAAGUGAAGUUUUUCUUAUUUUUUUUCCUCACUCGUAUGCGUCAUCGGCGACUGGGAUGUCUGAAAGUCUGGCCUUCAUCAUCAGAUCCGCUUUCUCGACUUCGAAGAUUCCGAAAGAAAAGCUUGCUCAGCUGUUCUGACGUUCGGCCCCGAUAACACGCACCGGAGUUCUCGAGUUUCGCAACACGACGCGCAAAUGAUCGGCAGCAGAGCGAACGCUCCUUCGCAUUGACGGCAAUGGACGAAGGAAAAUGCUCGGAGCUGCUUUCGCUCAUCGAAGACAAUGUGGAUUUCUUCGAGAGCGCGCAGUCCGACCUCGGGCAACGCUUCUCCAACCAGUUCGGCGAUCUUCACGACGCUGUCACGCAACUUCGUGACGACUGCGCACUCAUCGCUCGCCAGGCCCACCUCUACGAUUUCGACGCCGAGACGCCCGGCAACGGAUACAGGACGUGUCUGAUCAUUGUGAACAGAUUUCUCCCCAUAUGCAUCAAGCUCUGCCGGCAUGUUGUGGCCAGCAGGGACUCGAUGUUCUUCAGGUCGGAGUUUUACCAGAAAGAACUCGAGGCCCACCUCAGCGUGGUUGCUGGAAUGCAAGUGAGCGCCCAGUUUUUACGCCGAAUGCUCGACGUUGGGACGGCGGGCGAUUUGUUUGUCGGCGAAAAACUGAGCAUCAAGGAACUGUUGGAAGAGUACGGUUCUCUUCCUCAAGUCGGCUUCUAUGGAAGACUGGCCGGCUUUUAUUUCUGCGAGUCCAUGCGCCGCAUCAUCACCGGGCUCAACAUAGUCAUGGCUUCGUUCAGCGACCAGUACCGCCAGUCGGGAGGGGCGCUUGCCCACGCUGCCGCCUCGCUCAUCAACUGCGGCAAGUACACCUUGAACCCAGAGGCAAGGGCCAAUCACAUUGUAGAUGUCACUCAGAACGCGUCCCUGGACUUCCUCAAGGCUUUCUGGAGCCUGAACGAAGGGGAACUACUGAAGCGUGUGCCCCAGUGGAUCUGUCCCUCACUGGAGGUGUGCGAAGUAGUGACGGUGCCCACAACAAUGCAGAGGUUGCCAACUGAAAAUGGGCUAGCUUUAGUGGACAUCCCUGUGCCUUCGUCUCACCUGCCAAGGGCUCCUGUCCGCUGUCGACUACUUUCUUAUCGGUGGAGGAAAGGACAAGAGGCAGUUACAGGCAGCCGAUGGUUUUCUAGUCCAUCUCCACCAUCCAAGGGUCUGCUGCUUCACUGCCAUGGGGGCGGGUUUGUUUCCCAAACUCCAGACUCGCAUGAGAUCUACCUGAGGGACUGGGCAAAGGACCUUGAUGUACCCAUCCUGACCGUUGACUACUCGCUCUCUCCGGAGGCACCUUUCCCUCGGGCCCUUGAGGAAGUGUUACACGUCUAUGCCUGGGCUCUACUCAACCAUGAAAAGCUUGGCUGGACUGGUGAGAAUAUUUGUGUCGCUGGCGACAGUGCCGGAGGGAACCUGAUGCUGGCUCUCUGCCUUAAAACCAUAGAGCUCAAAAUCCGACGCCCCAGUGGAGUGUUUGCGGCGUACACACCUGUUAUGCUAAGCAUGGCACCGUCACCCUCAAGAAUUCUCUGUGCUGUGGAUCCUCUGCUCCCCCUUGGCUUCAUGCUGACCUGUCUUCACGCGUACAUUGGCUGUGCCAGUGAACCGAACAUCAAACUGUGCCCCAAGGCUCCUCCAGAGACGCCGGCCCGUCGUAAAGGUGUAACGGAAAACAGUGCAUUCAGUUCCAGCCACAGCUCCGCUGAGACUAAUUGCAUUUCCAGCAUGCAUCCUGUGCCAAAGAGUGACUUGGAUACAGGAAAUUCUGAGCGCACUUCCCCACCCACAAAGGCCAAGAUGCCCCUGACGCGCACGAAGAAUGUUGUGCAGCUAGAAGUGGCCGGAGAACUGCCUAGCCAGUAUCUUUGUCGCUUUGCGUCUCAGUGCGAUGAGGCGGACGCCUCGUGCCAAGCCGACCAGCACGAGGACGAACACGUGGUGCUAGAGAUGCCUGUGGAUCUGACAUUCCCGGUGCGCAAUCGGUGCUGUCGUGCGGCCACAUACUGGGUGCGGGCGCUGGUGAGUGUUCUUAGCGCCAGCCACUUGUACCAGAGGCACGUGCUUGCCAACUGGGAGCUGCUCUGUGGCCAGAGUGGUAAGAAAAGGAAAGGUUUGGCCGUUCCAUGGUUUCGGAGGGCCUCGCGCUUCGACCGAAAGUUCCAGACUAUGAAGAUUCUGGCAAGCAACCCGUUCAUCUCACCCUACCUCGCCCCUGGCUGGAUGCUCCAAAAAAUGCCACCUUGCUACUUUGUGGGCCUUCACCUGGACCCCACCUUGGAUGACCUCGUCAUGCUGUCAAAGCGGUUGAAGGCAGCAAACCGCUACGUGCAGCUUGUAAUAUUGGACAACCUCCCGCAUGCUUUUCUCAAUUUUCUGCCCUUCUGCAAAGAAGCCCACGAAGGUUCGAAGAGGUGUGUGGAGAUGAUCAAGCAGGCACUCCGUAUUCAAGUGCCAUGAUGUACAGUGAUUAACUCAAGCUCAUCGUGUAAAACGGUGUAGAGUUGCGUGCAUUGCAGAUGCUUUGUGCAUCCCAGUGCUGAAGGUGAAUCUAUGGCUUCUCUAUGAGCAGCAUUGCUUUAGCUAUUUCGUGACUUGAGUUUUUGUAUAGAUUUUAUUGUAAUUUUUCUUUUUACCCCAAUGCACUGCAGCUGUUUCUUUAAUUUAUGGUAUCAACUAUUGUAGUAAAUGUUAAUAGUGAGAACAGGUACAGAUGUACCAGGCUGGCUCUUGGUACACUCGCAUACCUUUGUAUACAUCACGUAGAGUUUUAAGCGAACAACCCAAAUAACAAUUCGCUCACUUGAGCAGUGGUGGGAGCUUGUUAUUCAGAGGUAGAAACCGUUGAGUUGCUGCGACAGCUGUAAAAUACAUUUAAUUUUUAUGAGAGGUUAGUCGGAUUUUUAGAAAAAUAUACUUUCAUAUUUGAAAAAAAAAAGGAAAAACAUAUGGAUGUAUAUAUAAGCAUACAAUUACCGUUUUUUUUUUUACAUUGACCGGUGAGCGCAGCGGAAGCACUACUGCCACCUAUUGUCUACCUCAGUAGCUACGAUGGCACGGCUACCUUUAUUUUUUAAGCGGUUCAAAAAUAAAAGAUCUUUUAUUAAAGUGUU